AACCAAUGGCGAUCAACCCGGAAGUACGGCCAUUAGCACGAGCGUUGGUUAACACGUCGGCGGUGACAAGUUACUCUUUCGACGAAUUCAUGCAGGAAGAAAGAAAAUGGAGGCCUGUGACUCUCCUUUCCCUCCUCCCUCAUCUUCUCCAUCCCUGUUUGGACCGGUCAGAGCAACCUAGCGGUGUUAACAACUGACCGGUUCCUAAGCAGCCGAUGGUGCUGAAGCUUCAGGUUCCUCGUUGUUUCUCCGAGCAGACUGAUAGGUCCUCGAUAAGAGUUGAAGACCAUGAGGGAGAGAAACAGAGGAAGCAAGGAGCGCGAGGAGACAUUUUGCUGAAAAGCCAAAUCGAACAUUGAAAAUAAAAACCUUGUAAACCCUAAACGAGGGCGUGUGGCCGUGGUCUGUGGUCCAAAAGAACCCGGCGAGAGCAGAGUUUGUGGCACCCAACGUGACAGGACCACAAAGGAGAUGACGGCCCCGACCCCCCUUGAGGCGCUCGGUCGAGUGUUGGCAGAGGUUUCAGCGGCGAGCCAACAGCAAACCCAAGUGCUGCAGGUGCUAAUGGGCAGGGCAGCAGGGACAACGGGAGCCGGGGCGACAGCCGCGAUGCAGCGCAUGGCGGAGGCGGAAGAUCCCCAAACAUUCCUUGACGUGUUCGAGGCCACAGCAACGUCAUGUAAGUGGCCAGAAGAUGAAUGGGGCAUAAUAUUGCUGCCGCUCCUGGCGGGGGAGGCGCAUCGGGCGGCGCUCAGUCUCCCAGCAGCCGCCCGGCUGCAGUUUUCCAACCAGCGCCGUGCAUGCCUGGAUCGGGUCGGCAGAAACCCGGAGGACCAUCGACGCCGAUUCCGGGCCCUGCGGCUGGGACUUAAAGACCGCCCGUUCAUCCUGGCGCAGCAACUCCGGGAUGCGGCGACCCGCUGGCUCCAACCCGGAGAACCAGACAGGAGGAUGUUCGAGCUCAUCCUGCUAGAGCAAUUCAUCGACUCCAUCCCAGCAAGAACCGCAGCGUGGGUCCGAUACCACCGUCCGCGGGACCUGGAGGCAGCGGUGACACUGGCCGAGGACCAUCUGGCGGUCCAGCGGGAGGCGACCACAAAGCCGGCCGAAAGGCCCACCCCAUCACCCCGUAGACGACUCGCACCACCAGAGGAGGCAGCCCUGGAGCCACGACCCCGCGAGCAGGUUCCCGGCUGGGCCAUUCCCGCUCCCCCUCCACAUGUACAUACGGUAAGUGGAAUAAUUACCUUAUAA